AUGAUCGACUUCGUCAUUUUUGCUUUCUUUCUUUUUCCGGGAGUUUUUGCUUACUGCAUCGACCCAUGUCAAGAGAAGUCUGAAUGCGAGAGUUUCUUGGAUUCUUGUGGGAUCAACGCUGCUGAAAGUGAUCCAGGCCCUGGUCACCUUCUUACUUCGCUGACAGUCCCAAUGAAUUACCAAAUUCAUUUCGAAAUUAAAACGAACGCGUUUGACCCCUGCGCUGGAAUGCUAAGUUAACAUGUCUUUGUUGUCAGUGCGAAAACAAGAGACAUACAGUACGGAGGAGGCACUGAUGGCUCCAUUAAUUUUGGAUUCCGUAAAGAUGGAUGCUGGGACUUCUGGCCAACACUUGACAAUCCGAAUGAAGAUGACUUUGUUCAAGGAGAGAUUGAUACUUGGACUCUUGAUGUUUCCACUCUUCCAGACACAUGUAUCACGAACAUUGACCAAAUUGAAAUAGCAGAAUACGAUGAUGACGGAUGGUAUCCAGAAUGGCUAAGAGUGACUGUAGUUGGUGCCGUUACUUGCAAGGUUUUUAAAUACAGUUAUCAGGUUCGGGAGAUCGACAACGAAGUAGAAAUUUUCGACAAAAUUUUGGGUCCAGAAAUAAGCUCACCAAAUUGUGCCGCCGAAAACCUUUGCACUGGACUUGAGAACUGCUUUGUUUUGGUUGGAUCCACAGCAGUCGUGCCUUCUCGAAAUAAUCUUCUCACAACUGUUGAUGCUGCUUUGAAUUACAAGUUCUCUGUUGAAGUUUAUUGCGACCACAGCAUGCCUCUUGAUGACUAUAAAAAUUUUCUUCAUGUGACUGUUGGCGGAAAUUACGGCUCUGUCGGGGAUCGAAUUUUCAUGAUCGAGCGAAACAAAUUUGACCAUAAAAUAAGCAUUUUUGUAACGGAUCCGAAUAAUGCGCAAUACAAGCACCGAGAGAUAAGCGAUUUGCCGUGCAGCAAUGGAGAAUGGAACAUCUAUUCUGUCGAACCUGGAAAAUUGCUGCGAACUUUCAAACAUAAUGAUAUUAUCUACCACGAGGAUAUAUCAUACACAGCAGACGCCCUGUAUGACAGAACAAUUUAUGCUCAUCUAUUUUACGACAGAACGACCUCGGGAGAGCUCGCGGGUAUCAGAAAUUUCUAUCUCGAAACAGUUGAUUCUUGCGUCGAACUUUGCGAAAAUAUCGCAAGCUGCACACCAAAAGGCUGUUCAAAUUCAGACUCAGGCAUCGUCUGUUCUUGUCCUUCCGGAUAUCAGAGUUUGAACGUCAUCGAAAAUGACUGUGACAACUACCACUGCUUCGAUACUGACGAGUGUCUGGAUCAAAAUUCAUGUCAAUCUGCGAACGAGAUUUGCGAGAACACGAUCGGAAGCUAUUUAUGCAACUGCAUGAAUGGAUUUUUACGGAAAAAUGGAACAUGUGAAGACAUAAACGAAUGUGAGAGAGAAAUUGAUAAUUGUCCAGAGUUUUCAACCUGCAAGAAUUUGAACGGGAGCUUCGAGUGUGUCUGCAAUCCCGGUUUUCUUGAAGAAACUUGUUCUGGAUUUUCGAAUUGCCAAAAUUUAGAGUGUGUUGAUGAAGAUGAGUGCUCGCUUGAACCAUGUGACCAAAAUAUGAUCUGCAGUAACAGCAUCGGAAGCUACUCGUGUGACUGUGUUGAUGGGACGAAAAUGGUGGCUGGCGGCUGUUAUGAUGUUGAUGAGUGUGAAGAGGAAAAUGAUUGCCCAGAAUAUUCGACUUGCAAAAAUAUUGAAAGGAGCUUCGAGUGUAAUUGUCAAGCUGGAUUUGAAGGCGGGAAUUGUCUUGGUCAGCAACAGUGCUUGAAUUUUACCUGUUAUGAUAUCAAUGAAUGCAAAAGUGGGGAGCACUUGUGCGAAGAAAUCUGUAUCAAUACUAUUGGAAGCUUCACUUGCUCGUGCCCCGUUCCUAUGCGACAAGUCGACUUGUUUAAAUGCGAAGAUGUCAGCUUUGAUGGAAAUAAAAUGACUGAAAUGGAGGAUGAUGAGCUUCAAAAAAUGAUGGAAAACGAGCUUGAAAGUAUUAACGAAAAAAUGCAAUUAGCGCUGAAAUUUAAAAACGACACAAAACUUGUUUCAGAAGCAAUCGGCGAAGCUUCAGCGAGAACUGGAAACCUUCUGUCAAAUCUUCUUGCACCUAAAAAUGGAGAUGACUCUUUUCUGAAGAAAAUCGGAUCAUCGAGUGUUGAUUUGUUGCUGGAGAAAAGUGAGAGCAUAGUUUCGAUAAGAACUGGUUUGAAUACACUUCUUGAGGCGAUUUCCGAGGACUCUCCCUCGACUGAAUUUAUUGUCUUUGGCGAAAAUAUUUCAAUCCCGAUUUUAUACGGCGAAUCAAGAUCAAGUAAAAAGGGCUUGCUAGCGGAAAUCAAAUUCAAUCCCUUUAUCUACUCUGACGACGAUUUGAGACUUGCCAAUCAAGUUUUGUAUUCUUCCAAUUUCGAGGGCUCCGCUCAGAUGAAAUUCAAACAGAAACCGAAAAUGAUUGAGAAGAGCUUGGUAGCAGGUCAAGGAGAGGUAGUGAGAUUCGACCUUGAGAACAACGAGGACUUCUUCGUAUUUUUCGAUUUCGAUAAGAGUAUUUACCUUGAUGUCUUCGUCGACUUCUGGUACAAGCCCGACCCAAAGCUGCUCUUUUAUCGGCAUCACGUGACUCUUCCUUCGUUUAAAAAUUCUUCCGAAUUGUCUGCAACAAAAUGCACCGUGAACGUCUGCUCAGGUGAUCCUUAUGGAAUACAUUUUGAGAAGAAAGAAAUCGAGUUCUGCUUUUCUCGACAGAAAUGCUCAAUAUUCAUGCUAAUCAGUUCGAAUUUUCUCGAAAAAGAGGAAGAAACAAAAAUAAGAAUAACCUCCGUCUCGGCGUCAUGCGUAACCGACAAAUCAGAAAAAUGGAAUCGAGACUUCUGCGAAGUGAUGAGUGAUUCAACCGCUGAAAAUAUCAAGUGCUCGUGCGACAUCUCUUCCGGCAACAAAAUAACAUCCCGAGCUGGUGGCUUCACGACUGUCGCGGACUAUUACACUGUCUUCGUCAACGAAAUGAUUACAGGGUUUAUAAGUUGCAUGGCUUGGCACGAAUCUACGGUUCUUUUUGAUGAGAAAGAAGAGAUUUCUAUUUUGGGGACCGAAGAAGUUUCCUCUUCAAGAGUUAUUACGGACGAUAAACAAACAACCGACCAAAGUGAGCUAGAAUACAUUUUCUUGGAUUAUUCGGAAUCAUAUGAAAAUGGACUGUACCAAAAGCUGAAAAAAUCAGUUUUGGAUAGAGAAGCGAUCACAAAUCUGGUCUACAGAUCGAAACACAAGACUGACUUUUACAUCACUUUGCGUCGAUUUAUUUCUUAUUUAUUACUGACGUUGAGCUUGUAUGGUCUCUCAACAGUCAUUCUCCCGACUGAGAAGUACUACCUCGACAAAAACUUCCGCGACAAAGUCUCGAUCGUCCCAAGCGAAACUCAACUCAACAUUUCUUCAACUUGGCAUUUGAUUCAAGACGAAAUCGUUCCGCUCAUCCACUCCGGCAAUCUCAUCAACGGCGAAAAGGCAAGCGAGAAAGACAAAGCCUUUGCAAAAGACCAUGUUAACUUCCGCCUUGGCCCUGCUUCUUUGAUUCAGCAUCGCGAUCAAUGCGGCUUUUUCACUACUUAUUGGAAUCAACAACCAAAUGCUACAGAACGAACAUUAGAAAAGGUCAAGAAGUCCCCACUUCUUUCCUCUUAUUAUUCAAAAACACGAUCAUCUAUUUCUUCCGACAUCUUUCUCCAAACUCCUUCUCGACUCUCCCGUUCGACUUGCGCAUUCACCUCUAUUCUCGGAAGCUCAAAAGAAAGUGCCGAUUACAUGACAAAUUAUCUCCGCAAAAACGCCUGGUUUGACCAAAACACAAAAUUGCUCAUCUUUGAACAGAGCUUCUUGAACAUGAACAUCAACGCUUUCGCUCAAUUUCGAGCUGUCUUCGAAUUCGCGGAGGGAGGUGCUAUCAUUCCUUCUUUGACGAUCCAGCAACUCAAAAAUGUCGAAUUGACGGAUUACACUUUCUCAUUAAACCUCACUGUUUUUAUUGCUCUGCUUUUUUAUGAAACAAUCGAGAUCUUUAAUAUUUUGCGAAAGCAGGAAGUAACAUUUCUUUCAUUUUAUAAAACAAUUCUGACGACAAUCGACGUUGUCAUUUUGGCUUUCAUCAUUCUCCGAUCAAAUUAUCUCUCCGAAGCAAUCGACAAUUUCAUCCUGGAUCCAGAAGGGGCUCCGACAUUUUCAAAAGUGUUUUUGAUUCAGCAUCAUUUUAUUUCGCUCGUCGCGAUGUCUCUUUUUCUACACAGCUUUCUGCUCAUCCACAUUCUCUCAACUCUCAACGCCGUCAGACAGUACAAGAGCAUCCUCAAACAACUGAAAAAGACGCUGGCUCCAUUCGUGUUGGCGCUUUUGCCGAUUCAAUUCGGGCUCUCCUCCGUCGUUUUCCUGAUCUUUCGCUACUCAUCCUUCAUUUUCCGCUCUUUGUGGAAAACCUUCUUUGUCAUCAUUUGGCAGGGCUAUCUCAAGCCUUCAGAUAUGCGAGUUGAAGUGGACGAACUUCCCGAUCCGAACUGGCGCUUACUGGCGAAGUUCAUCUAUUUUGCUUUGAAUCUUUCGAUGAUGUACUUGACGAUGAAUGUGAUUGUGGCGAUCAUUUGCGAGACGAAUCAGAGCGUCAAAGAAGAUGAGCUCGAGUUGGACUGGCUCAGUCUUGUUUCGGAGAAAAUCAAAAAGCUACGAAGAAAUGCUGCGUCCAAGAAGAUUAACAAUGAGAAAUCGAUUGAUCGGAGAGAAACAUACAAAGUGCCUCACUAA